CUACCAGUCAAAGUUGCUGAUCAAACUAUUAACACAAACGAAUACAAACUCUCUAACCUACCGUUCUCAUCCAAUGUUUCUUGCUAAAAAAAAAUACAUGGUUUUGCUUCCUUGUUUUUUUCAACUGUUCAGACUAAAACUUUCCUUCCCUUUCUAUGUGUUUUCCAGGAAAGUUGAUAUCUCUCAACUUUUGCAAUUGAUCUAAAGUGUACAAUGGCAAGACCUGGUAACAAGAUCAUACAAGCCAAGCUGGUGGGUGCUUCUUGGGGACAUGGGAACCGGCAAAACCAGCUUGGUACUAAGAUUUGUCAAAGGCCAGUUUUUUGAUCACCAGGAGCCAACAAUCGGAGCAGCCUUUUUCACUCAGAUAUUAUCAGUAACUGAAGCCACCGUAAAGUUUGACAUUUGGGAUACAGCGGGACAAGAACGAUACCAUAGUCUAGCUCCUAUGUAUUAUCGAGGUGCAGCGGCAGCUGUUGUUGUUUAUGACAUUUCAAGCACGGAUACGUUUGUACGAGCAAAGAAAUGGGUUCAGGAAUUGCAAAGGCAAGGAAAUCCAAAUUUAGUGAUGGCACUGGUGGCAAACAAGUCAGACUUGGACUCUAAGAGAGAGGUUGAAAAUGAGGAUGGAGAACAAUUUGCUCAAGAAAAUGGAAUGUUUUUCAUAGAAACAUCCGCAAAGAGUGCACAGAAUGUCAAUGAGCUGUUCUACGAAAUAGCAAAGAGGUUGGCAAGAGCUUGCCCUCCAAAGCCAUCAGGGAUAAAUCUAAACAAUGAAAGACAGGGGAGAAGAGGGAAGCUAUUUUGUUGCUUAGGUUGAAAGUCAUGCCAUCAUCUCAAGAGUCCUGGUAUAACCAAUUGAUCUCAACCCUGUGGAGUACUUUUGAGCCAGACCACUCCUUCCAGAGUUGUAAGCUACUUAUUUCAAAUGCUGGAUAAGCUGAUUCUGAGUUUUUUCUGUAAAUUACUACAAUAAUUGUAAAUAGAUUGCUCAAAGGCUAUCAAAAAUUAUGGUAAUUGACUAAAUACAGGAACAAGGUGUACUGCUUCGAAAUUUCUAAUUAUAUAAAUUCUUAUGAAGUUCUUUCUAUGCA